AUGAAGUUUGUGGCUCUGGUUUCAGGAGGAAAAGAUUCAUGUUUUAACAUAUGGCAUUGCUUGAGCCAGGGACAUGAACUCAUAGCCUUAGCCAAUUUGUAUCCUCCCCCAGAGGGCUCCGAGGAAUUGGACUCGUUCAUGUACCAAACGGUCGGUUAUCAGGCAUUGGAACAUUAUGAAGAAUGUAUUGGAGUUCCAAUGCACCGAAGAGUAAUUGCUGGAACGUCAAAGAAUCAGCAACUUGAGUACGAAAAGACAGAGGAUGAUGAAAUAGAAGACUUGUAUCAACUCUUGAGCGAUGUCAAGGAAUCUCAUCCAGAAUUGGAAGCUGUCAGUGUCGGAGCCAUUCUUUCAUCGUAUCAGAGGACUAGAGUAGAAGAUGUCUGUGCGAGACUGAAUCUGGUAGCACUCUCUUACCUGUGGCAGAUGAAUCAACUAGGGCUUAUGGGAGAGAUGUGCCAAUCAGGCAUGGAUGCAAGAAUUAUAAAAGUUGCUGCAAUUGGUCUCGAUGAGAAUGAUUUGGGGAAAUCUCUUAUUGAAAUGUACCCCAAACUUAUAAAACUCAAUGACAUGUAUGAUGUUCAUAUUUGCGGUGAAGGUGGUGAAUUUGAGACCUUGGUUUUUGACGCUCCAUUCUUUCUAAAAAAAUUAUCAAUCACUCACCAAGAGGUUAUUAAGCCAUCCAAUGAUGAAGUUUAUCAUCUUUCCUUGGGUUUUACGACUCAAGAGAAAAGCAAGGAAGACGGAGAUGCUACAAAAUUUUUGAGUGCUCCGCCACUGCUGAAUGAAGAGAUGGAAAGCAUUUAUGAUCAAUUAAGUUCAACUAAGUUCAAGAUCCCCUUAGUAGAGAAAGAAGCCCAAUCCGCACUCGUUGAAUUUGAAGUUACAUCGAAACAAGUCGGUAAUCUACUUUAUAUCUCCAAUUUGUCAUCCCGGGAGGACGAAAUUGAAUCACAGAUCACUAGCAUUUUCACUCAGUUGACAGACAUUCUCAACACUCAUGGUCUUUCAUAUGAACACAUUCAAAGUGUCCAGCUGUUCCUACGUGAUAUGGACGACUUUGCCAAGGUUAAUGCCAUUUAUCAACAGUAUUUUACCAAACCCCUUCCCUCAUCUCGGGUAUGUGUGCAAACGUUGCUACCCGAGAAGAAUCAAGCUUUGUUAUCAGCCAUUGUCAUUCCCAAUUUGAAAGACAAAUCAGGAGUUCACGUCAGAGGAAUUAGUUACUGGGCGCCCCAUAACAUAGGACCAUACUCACAGUCUAUUUUGCAUAAACAGCAGAGAACUACGGUUGCAUUGAUAAGUGGACAAAUCCCUCUGAUCCCCCAAUCCAUGGUCUUAGCUGACCCUAACGACAGAUUACUCAAUGUUGCCUUAUCGCUUCAGCAUUUCGACAGUGUAAAGAAGCUCAUCUCACUUGACCAGAAUGCUUUUGCUAUCUGUUAUUUCAAAGACCUAGAGUACCUCCCAAUUGCCAUAGAAGCUUGGAAACUUUAUGAACCUUCUUCUAAAGUACCGGUGGUAUUCGCUCAAGUGACACAACUCCCCAAAUCAGCUCCAAUCGAAUGGAGCGGGUCAGUGUAUCAAGAGACACCAAACUACGAUGAUUACUACGGUGAUUCGUCAGAAAAUGAAGAUGAGUCCACACAGAUUGCCAACAACUUGUCCUCGCUAGAAUUACAGGGACAAUCGGUCACAUUUCAAGACGGCUACGUUAGCUUGACAUUCGCCCCAGGCCUAUCAGCCACAGCACACAACACGGUAAUUUUAAACAAGGGGCAGGCAAGCAAGCUGGAAACCAUUCCACAGGAAUAUUCCGUCGACAUCAUCCCCGUCAACAGACUGUUCGAUUUCACAGGGAAAGAUCAGGACCUAGCCGUACUCCACAGGCUGAACAUCUGA